UCUCUCUCUCUCUCUCUAUUACAAGAAGCAAAAGAGAAACACUUUCCGACUCGCUUUGUUUCUGUCGUGAGAAAAGGAGUUCAGAAAUUUCAUGGGUUGUUGUCAAUCUCUGUGUCCUGGUGAGGACAGCCCGGUCGGGAAAGACGGAGCCCAGCCGCUGCAAACGACUCAAAACCACCACGGCGGCGCUGCGACGGGUGAUAACGACGGAAUCGGAGGAGGCGGAGCUGGCGGCGUAAGUGGAGGAGGAGGAGGGAUACCGUCUUUCUCGGAGUUCUCUCUCUCCGACCUCAAAGCAGCCACGAACAACUUCAGCUCCGACAACAUCGUGUCUGAAAGCGGCGAGAAAGCCCCAAAUCUUGUCUACAAAGGCCGGCUUCAGAACCGUCGUUGGAUCGCCGUCAAGAAGUUCACGAAGAUGGCUUGGCCUGAUCCUAAACAGUUCGCUGAAGAAGCAUGGGGUGUGGGGAAGUUCAGACAUAACCGGUUGGCGAAUUUGAUUGGAUACUGUUGCGAUGGAGACGAGAGGCUUCUUGUCGCUGAAUUCAUGCCUAACGAUACUCUCGCUAAGCAUUUGUUCCAUUGGGAAAGUCAAACCAUUGAAUGGGCUAUGAGGUUGCGAGUAGGAUAUUACAUAGCCGAAGCUUUGGAUUAUUGUAGCACCGAGGGUCGUCCUCUGUACCAUGAUUUAAAUGCUUACAGGGUUCUCUUUGAUGAGGAUGGUGAUCCUCGUCUCUCAUGUUUCGGCUUGAUGAAGAACAGUCGUGAUGGUAAAAGCUAUAGCACUAACCUAGCAUAUACACCACCUGAAUACCUAAGAAAUGGAAGAGUGACACCUGAAAGUGUUACUUACAGCUUUGGAACGGUGCUUCUUGAUUUGCUUAGCGGAAAACACAUCCCUCCAAGCCAUGCUCUGGAUAUGAUACGUGGCAAGAAUAUUAUUCUUCUAAUGGAUUCACACCUUGAGGGAAAGUUCUCAACAGAAGAAGCUACCGUAGUUGUAGAACUCGCCUCCCAAUGCUUGCAGUAUGAGCCUCGAGAGAGACCCAAUACAAAAGACCUCGUGGCAACACUUGCACCAUUGCAAACUAAAUCAGACGUUGCUUCUUAUGUGAUGCUUGGAAUAAAGAAGCACGAGGAGGCACCUUCGCCGCCGCCGCCGCCACAGAGGCCACUUACGCCGUUAGGCGAGGCUUGCUCGAGAAUGGAUCUCACAGCUAUUCAUCAGAUCUUGGUCAUGACACACUACAGAGACGAUGAAGGGACUAACGAGUUAUCUUUCCAAGAAUGGACUCAACAGAUGAAAGACAUGCUUGAAGCACGCAAGCGUGGUGAUCAAGCUUUCCGCGAGAAAGAUUUCAAAACCGCCAUAGACUGUUACUCACAGUUUAUAGACGUUGGAACAAUGGUGUCACCGACUGUGUUUGGUCGGAGAAGUCUAUGCUACUUACUAUGCGAUCAACCAGACGCAGCGCUGCGCGAUGCCAUGCAGGCGCAAUGCGUGUAUCCUGACUGGCCAACGGCUUUCUACAUGCAGUCCGUAGCUUUGGCAAAGCUGAACAUGAACACGGACGCAGCAGAUAUGUUGAACGAAGCUUCUCAGCUCGAAGAGAAGAGACAGCGAGGAGGAGGAGGAGGCAAAUGAUCUUUUGAUUCUUGGAUACAAGACUUGUUCACAUCCUUUUGUUAAAUUUGAUGAGCUUCAAAAAGAUUCUUUUUUUAAGAAGAAAAAUGUUAAAACCUGUUGAUGUGAUUGUUCAUUGGGAUGUAAUGUAAUAACCAUAGAGGGAGAGAAAAAAAAAAGAAGAAGAAAAUCAAUGUUUGUUUGUUUGUAAUGCAAUCAAUACAUGUAACUAAACUAUAUGCAUGGUCUCUAUUUUUAACUA